UGGGUAUCUCGAAACUUUUCUGAGACGAUAAAGGAAAUCUCGUUCGCCGUAGAGUUAGUUCUCGCGAGACCGAGGGUGUUCAAACCUCCCCAUGAGCCCUUGCGGUUCCUCUUUCUAGCCGGCGCCUGAGAAUGGGUAUCUCAAGGGACAACUGGCAUAAACGCCGCAAGACCGGCGGUAAACGCAAGCCCUACCACAAGAAGAGGAAGUAUGAGCUCGGGCGACCUGCUGCAAACACAAAGAUUGGAUCUCGCCGCAUCCACACGGUGAGGGUCCGUGGUGGGAACAAGAAGUACCGAGCUCUGAGGUUGGACAAUGGAAACUUCUCAUGGGGCUCUGAGUGCUGCACACGGAAGACCAGGAUCAUUGAUGUGGUCUACAAUGCCUCCAACAACGAGCUGGUCAGAACCAAGACCCUGGUGAAGAACUGCAUCGUCCUUGUUGACAGUCUUCCCUUCAGGCAGUGGUAUGAGGCUCACUACGCCACUCCACUGGGACGCAAGAAGGGCGCCAAGCUGAGCCCUGAGGAGGAAGAGAUCCUGAACAGGAAGAGGUCAAAGAAGACCCAGAAGAAGUACGAUGAGCGCAAGAAGAACGCCAAGAUCAGCUCACUCCUGGAAGAGCAGUUCCAGCAGGGAAAACUGCUCGCUUGCAUCGCCUCCAGACCCGGCCAGUGCGGCAGAGCAGACGGCUACAUCCUGGAGGGCAAGGAGCUCGAGUUCUACCUGAGGAAGAUCAAGGCCAAGAAAGGCAAAUAGAUGUACAGCUGUUUGAUACGUCAAUAAAAUCCAAACGUCCCACAACUGUC